CCAUCUGCGCCGAGUCGCCGACACCGCCCGAUCGCGCCCAAGGGCGGCGAAUCAGUCGCCUCGUCGGCCUACGGUGCUAAGUACUCUGCACAGGCGCUAUAAUUCAAUACUUAUGAGCAUGAUAUAUUCUUGCACCUUGCAGCGUUCUUGUUGAGUGAGCCAGGGGGCGAAAUGGCAUCAGGGUGGCCGAGAGACUUUGGCGGAGCCAGCAAUGAUGAGCGGCUUGCAUUCUGCAUCUAUCACACACGCCAAAUUGUAAACAAGUCGGUGGCAUCGGACCAGCGCGCUUCUUCCCCCGCCUCAAAACGCUUCCAGCUCACAGAAAAGGAUUACAGCAGAAUAAAAGCGUUGACACAAUCGCCCUAUCUGUUUUAUGAGCGCUCCCCUGAGGUCCAGCGGCUGUGGGAGAUGUGGCGCUACUCGCAGUGGGACAUGAGCUCGCACUCCGUGGCUCGGGUGCAGGAUAUGCUCGGGCAGUGGGCGCCCCGUGAGCGGGCCAGCACCGCGCCCGACGCAGGCGGCGGCGGCGGCGGCGGCGGCGGCUCGGAGCGCUUCCGGCGGCGCAGCAGCCUGCUAGCCGGUGGCGGCGGCCGCGGCCGUGGCGGGUCCAGCCUGCGUACCACAGUCACGGAGGAAGUCACGGAGGCGGGCGAGGCCGGUGCGGACCAGCAGGGUGGCGCGGGGCCCGAGGAUAGCGCCCGCGCCGGCCCCUGCCGCAGCGCCAGCCCGACUGGGAGGUUGGGGCGGCGGCAGCAGCCGCGGCCGCCCAGCCGUGUGCCCAACCACCCGUCCUUCCUGACGGGUGCGGAGAAGCGCGCGCACCUGGAGGCCGUGAAGGCGGACCAGGCGGGGCGGCCGGUUUGGCGGCCGGGGGGCUCGGAGCUGAUUGGCUGGUCCGGUGUGCGGCUGCGUGACGGGUAGGACAGCAGGAGGUGGGAGGUAACGGGGCGCGGGCCGCCGGCCCCCGCGCAGUCCGGUCCCAGACCAGUAGUCCCGCCCAGUCCCGCCCAGGUCCCAAUCUGGUCCCAGACCAGUCCAGGCCCGCUUUCGGCCCGGUCCGCACCGGCCUUGCGGCACCUCGCGGAGGCGAGGCACCGCAGUGGGCGGCGGCGGCAUGUGGAGGGGCGCAGCCAGGGAAUGCCACGCGGGAGCAGGUGGCGAGGUGUGGGCUGGGGUGGGGUGGCAGCGCUCGCGCGGUGGGUCGCUGAGUGGUCAUGCGGUGCACGACACACUCAAAGCCACUCAUAAGGGAUGCUAGCAGUCAUGCGUGGCGCGCAAGGCGCGGUGGGCCAGGCACGGGAGAAGGAGAGAUCUCUUGUUCGGUUGCAAAAAGCGCCGCUAUCCGUGCGUACGUCAGGUUCAAGCUGCAUCAGUUGCACAAGUCGCAUUAAUUGCACAGCUUGCCUAGUCAUACAUGAGAUGCGAUAUAGAUGCAUACUGUAGAUGGCAGCUGCAGGGAUGUGGCCUGCGUAGGACUAGGUAGCGCGCGGCUUAGGUCGUAGACAGGGCACGCAGGCUUCACGGAGACACAAUACUUCUCAUAACUUGCAGUGUAGCGCUAAAGCUUGGAAUGCUCUCGAUACUGGCGGACCGGCCAUGCCGACUGCAUACAUUCAUACUGCUGACUUAUACAUUCAUGUGGUGGGCUCGAGACUGUGCAGGAGCUCGCAACUGAAUGACGCUGGUACGCUGGAGGGGACGGAGCUAGGUGUAGCGGCAGCAGUACUUGACGGGCAUCGGAGAAGUGGGCCUGGGAUCGUGCUAGUACCGAUACUUGCCAGUUGAGCAUUUAUGAAUUGGUCGGCUGCUGCCAUAGGUUUACGAGGUUUCUAGGAAGUAGUUGUAGCGCCCGCAGUAGCUGGCAGGCGGCGGGGGCUUGCGGCCUUGAUUGCGGCCGGGUCUCUCACAGUAACCUGGGACAGCCUGGGAGGGGCGCUGCCCGUGCUGAAGUGCUCGAAGAGUGGUGCCCAGGGUGCGUGGAAAUCAGUUUCACCUUGUUCGUGUUGAAGUUUGAACAUGGUUCGCGUUGAAGGUUGUAGCCGGCAGGUUGACAGGCAUCGAGCACCAACGGUGUUAGGGGCGAGCGAGUCGAGGGGCCGACUUCGAUCGAUGACAGGUCGCCCCUCAACGCGGUUCUUUUCAUAAAGUUACAAGGCCGGUUGUAAUUUGUGUUCAUGGACAUAUAUAUCAGACAGGGCUCGUGGCGCAGUGCCAUUUAAGUGACAUUCUACGC